AUCACUUUCCAGUCUCAACCUAAAAUAUCGUGGAAAAACAGGUAAAAACAAUAUAGAAACUGCCCCAAAAUGACCACCGCAGCUCGGCCAACGUUUGAUCCGGCACGGGGUGGCAGUGGCCGUGGCGAAAAGGAUCUCAGCGCCCUGUCCAAGCAGUACAGCAGUCGUGAUCUUCCGUCGCACACCAAACUCAAGUACAGAGAUCCUGGCCAGGGAACGACCGAAGAGCUACGAAGCCGUGAUUUCCGUGAGGAACUGGAGAAGCGUGAACGCGAGACCAAAUCCGGCGGCAGCAAGGCAGCAACCUCGGCUGCUCCGUCGUCGGUGGUACGGCGGGCGAUCGAAGCCAACAGCAGCACCGGAGGAAGCAGCAGUAAACGCCAGAAGGUUGACGCUGCGCCACAGAAUCUCGAUGCCGAUGAUCCAGUAGAUAGUGAGAAUUCCGAUUCCGACUCGGAUGAAGACGACACGGCUGCCCUGUUGGCCGAGCUGAACAAAAUCAAGCGGGAACGGGCACAGGAUACGGCUAAGAAGGAACAGGAAAAACGUCAGGAAGAUGAGCGAAUCCGGAUGGAGAACAUCCUCUCGGGAAAUCCAUUGCUGAACUACGCAUCGACGGCGAAGGCGGAGCUGAAGGUGAAGCGACGCUGGGACGACGAUGUGGUGUUCAAGAACUGCGCCCGAUCGGAACCGGAGAAAAAGACAAACCAGUUCAUCAACGAUUCGCUGCGGUCCGAGUUCCACAAGAAGUUCAUGGACAAGUAUAUCAAGUAAGUAGGGUUUAAGGUUCUUUUUAGAUUAAUUCGCUGUCAAACUAUGUAUAAUCAUAUACUCUAAUAUAA